AUGGCCUCCGGAGGAGAACGGAUUUACAGAUGGAGGCUGAACUCUCGGCACCCCCUCCCUUGUGGGCCUGUGGCUUCUCACUUGGUCAGCAGCCUGUGUAGAGAGGGCCCUUUGGGUGGCUCUUGCUGCAAACUGGAGCUGCGUGUGCCAUGCUUUGGGUACGACUCAGCCUUCCUGAGGUCUCUGUUUCAGGCUUCCUGCUGGGCUAACCUACAGCCAGCGACUUCCGCCGCCUUCCUGAGCUUAGUUUUCCUUACAGGGCGCCGUGCAUUCAUCGGAAUUGGCUUUGUUGACCGAGGGGAUGCUUUUGACUUCAAUGUGGCGCUGCAAGAUCAUUUCAAGUGGGUCAAGCAACAGACCGAGUUGGCCAAAGAAGCCCAAAACCCAACCCAGGUGCCCAAACUUGACCUGGGCUUCAAGGAUGGGCAGACCAUCACGCUCAGCAUUGGGAACAUGAAAAAAAAAGACGGCUCCUUGGGAAGUAAGCCACGAACUGCUGACAACGCGGGGCUCCCCCUUCUCCCCCCACCUCCAGGGGGAAAGACCCCCUUCCUCCCCACACCGGAAGAGCAGCUUCCCUUGCCUCCUCUGGGAACAUCAGUAGAUGCUGUCCAAACAGAUGUUGCCGAGUCUCGGCCCCCACAGCCGCCAAGUUCUUCAAGAGAAGCUUCUGUAGACAUUUGGGGAGAUUUCACCACAGCUUCUGGGUCCGGCUCUCAGCCUCAGCAGAACUCCGGUUGGGUCCAGUUCUGAAGCCGAGGGGAGAAGGCCCAAAGAUCAAGGAGGAGGGACCCCCCCCCUUUCGUAGCCUUGACGACCGGGGAGAUGAUGGGCCGCCCCCCGCUGGCUCUUGCAAACAGAUCCUCUGCCUUGGAUGGGUUUGACUUUGGCUUCGGAUCUCGUGGCGAGGCAGAGGGAGGGCAAAAAACCCUGCAAACAUCACCUUGCUCUCUCUUCCUCCGCCAUCACCUGGUGUGUGUGUGUAUAUAUGUGUGUAUGUAGUGGUUGUGUGUGUAAGCUGAGAUCAUUUCGCCUGCUCUUCUGCCUCUUUCCAAGAGGAGCAAUAUACUUUGGGAGGGGUGGGGGUGAAUGGUUGUGCCCACUCCUCCAGGACGGAGGAUAACCCAACAAUGUUGGCUUAGUUAGGAUCAGCACCCAAAGUGUUGGGAAGUGGCCUUUGGGACGCCUUGAAGGUGGCUGCCUUUUGGAAGGGACUCCGCCCCGAGGGGCUUGACCGCAUCGUUUUCUCUCCGCGGGACUCCCGUUGGAGUCUUUUCUCUCUUGCACUCCGUGUGUCUCGAAUAAUAAAAAAAAACUUUACUCGCCA